GAAGUUAUUGCCGCUACUCCCGUCACGCCACGUGUGGGACGUGUUCACCAUCGUAACGAAAGGAGUGACGGAAGAGCGAGUAACGGAGCCUAGACCUAGCGCCAUUCUUUCGAAACAAAACAAGUGUGGAUGCAGUCGGCACCGCACUCCGAUCCUCCGCCUACCGGUGACCGCCACCCUAUUCAUGAGGUGGUGGAGAGCUGCAUUCGUAACCCUCUCUGUGGUUGCCCUCAACGUGUUUGGUUCAGAAGUAACAGAGCAGAGUAAAGAGAAUGACACAAAUAGAAUUACCUAUAUGACACCAAAUACAACCACAAGAAACGUAACCGAAGAUGUAUCUAAGAUUAACAUUAAGAAGUCUAACUUAUUAAACAACAAUGUAACGAUAAUAACUGCAACUAUUCCUGGAUUCUCGAAAACGACGCUUGCAUUGCAACAUGUUGUUAAAAGCUUAGUGACUGCUUCUCAAGUUCAUAAUGCAAAAAUUGUACCAACUCCUGUGCAGUGUUCGGGCCCUCGUGCGGCAGAUAAUGAUGAAUGUCUUAUAGCAACAUUAAGAGAACUAAGUGCUGGCAAUGUCACUAUUGCCAUCUUACCCAUAUCCUCCCUAAAUGCUCAACCGACUCGAAUACUCCACUUUGCUGAUGUUACUGAACUAGGUGAUUUAACUGACCGUUCUCGGCGAGCCUGUUUAGCUACCAAUAUCGAAUCUGCGCCACCCUCACUCCUUGACUUUACGGAUUCUUCUAUAGCUGCUAGAUAUCAUGUACCUGAUAAUGUGAUCGACGCUGAACUGCGUCGUCUUACUGGACAUACUGUAGAUAGAGAAAACGUCAUCUGUGAUACAAGUACCCUCUUAACCCCAGAAAGAUGUAACGAGGGGAAAUCAUGUGCAACUAUUCUUACAAGUGAAGAAAGCGAAGCUUGCGUCUUCGCAGAUGUCGUACAAAGACAUCGACUAUAUGCUGUCGUGAGACCCCUUGGUGGCCGCUUACCGGAAGUAGCAAAUGCACUCAAGUCUCCUUUGAUCGUCUGUGAUUGGGCUCCUGAGUUUUCCGACCUGGCCAAUUUAAGUACCACUACGCUUGGCCCGCCACCAUGUGAACCUCCCCAUCCGUGUCCUUUUGAAACACGACGGAUAGUAGCAUUCGUAAAUUAUAAGUUACUAAAACAGAGCGCAAUAAACGCCCUGACCCAGUACAAAGUAAACAAAGGGGAAAUGCGCCAGUUGACCCGAACAGCCAUUGCAACAAGUCCAGAAAAUGCUGGGGCACUGCACUGGAAAUUACAUCCUUGGAAAAUACAUGGUGAAGUGCGCGUCAUCGUUAUGCUUCCUGGGCUUACCAAUCGUCACGUUUACUCAGGCGCGCUUCCUGGAGUUGCUGGAAUUCAUGCAGAUUUAAUUGACGGCAUCGAGUUUAAUUCUCAAGUAUACAAUGACGAUUGUCAAGCAACAAUAGCAAUGAAGGCUCUGCAGAACGAGCAGCACGGAAGUGGGUAUCGGUCCCUUUCGGCCGUUGCUGGUCCAGUAUGUGCCGAUCCAUGGAUGGCCGUCGCACAUCAAUCCACCACGUACCGUUUGCCGUUGUUAGCUUAUACUCCGCAGAUUCCUACCGUCGACACCGGUGACGGGCAGAAACCUUUGCAGCUGUUGGGAGCAGGAGAUACUCGUGAAGGCGCAGCAGCACUGGGUGCGUUCGCAGCUCGUAUGGGUUGGCGACGCUUCGGAGCAUUAAGUGAGCAUGCGACGCGUCCACUUUUGAACGCUCUCAGUAUUCCUGCAAAGUUCAAUGUAGAUUACCAACUCCACCCUUCCAACUCCUUCGAACAACAUCUUCAACAGAUUUCUGAGUGGGCACAACUAGUUAUAAAGGAGUAUACAAGAGUAAUAUUCCUCUGCGUAGAAGAUGCUCGUUUGGCGCGAGCAGCAGUGUGCGCUGCUAGGAGUGCUCACUCUGCAAAUAGUGCUACUAAUGAUGACCGAAAUCCACCGGCGGUUUGGCUCAUAUGCUCCCUCCUUCCUCGUGACUGGCUGCAGCCUACUAGGGGCGAAAACUGCACAUUCGAAGAACUUAAAGAAGUAACCGCAGGAUACUUUUUUGUAAUGCCGGAAUGGGCUGCGGAUUGGUAUGCUAAUGUUAACAACACCUCAUCGGAAAGAAUUGAAGUAGAAGAAAGUAUUCAGAAAGCUUGUUCAGAAUAUGACGCCACAAACCCGACGAAUGCAAUAAAAUCGUCAUGCAAGAGUCCAAUCGGCCCUUACGAAGCGCUUCUGUUCGACUUGUUCAAAAUGUGGAUCCUUGCUCUCAGGGAUCUUUUCGAAAACUAUCCCAAUGCCAUUGAUGAAAUGCAUGAUUCCACUUACGUUAGGUCAUUGAUAGACUUCGUAACAUCGGAUAGUUUCAGUAAAGAAUAUCAAGGAUUAACGGGUUCCUUUAACUGGACAACGACAAAAUUUGCAUAUGUUCGCUCCAGUCCCAUUAUCCUCUCGCAGUGGCGUCGAGAUGAGGGAGCACAUGUUAUUGGUAAAUGGUCUGAUGGGUCACUGCAGCUUAAUGAGACAGCGUUGCAGUGGUAUACUCAAGAUGGAAAAACACCCGAUGAUGGAAGUGAACGAUGUGCCUUACAGGGAUUGGCUGACGCUCUGCAUACAGACUGUCACACCGCAUACGUCGCGCUGGGAGCUACGAUGGCAGCAUUAUUAGUAGCGUCUUUAGCUGGUUUAGCUAUGUACUGUAAGAGAAGAGCAGAACGGGAUUAUCGUAAACGACUUGCUGCUCUUGGGAUGCGUCCCCUCGGCUUAUUGAAACCUGCAGGUCUUGAUCGCUGGGAAGUACCUCGAGAAAGAGUCGUCAUCAACCGUAAACUUGGCACGGGCGCUUUCGGUACCGUUUAUGGAGGGCACGCUCUACUCGCCGAAAAUAGGGGCUGGACUGCCGUAGCGGUAAAAACACUAAAAGCUGGAGCGACAACAGAGGAGAAACUUGAUUUUCUAUCAGAAGCGGAAGCAAUGAAACGUUUCGAUCAUAAGAACGUUGUACGGUUACUUGGUGUAGUUACGAAAACGGAACCUGUUUGUACAGUUAUGGAAUUUAUGUUAUACGGAGAUCUGAAAAACUAUUUGCUAGCUCGACGCCACUUGGCGAUGGGUGGAGGGACUGAUGACGAAGGUAGUGUAGGUGGAGAAUCAGACGAGGCUUCCCCACGCCGGUUGACGAGUAUGGCGCUAGAUGUAGCUCGCGCUCUCUCCUACCUGGCUAAGUUACGUUAUGUACACCGUGAUGUAGCGGCACGAAAUUGCCUCGUCAGCGCACGCAGAACCGUCAAGCUUGCUGAUUUUGGCAUGACACGGCUCGUCUUUGAAAAUGAUUAUUACCGCUUCAGCCGCAAGGGUAUGCUUCCUGUACGGUGGAUGGCUCCGGAAAGUUUAGCACUGGGACUUUUCUCGCCCGCAUCUGACGUUUGGUCGUUUGGCGUAUUACUAUACGAGAUUGUCACCUUCGGGUCGUUGCCGUUCCAAGGCCUCAGCAACUCAGAGGUACUGACUCGUGUCAAAGCCGGUCAUACACUAGACCUUCCACCUGGACUGAAACCACAACUGGAAGGUCUGAUUAAAUCGUGUUGGCAACAUGAUAGCAAGUCACGGCCGACCGCGUCUGAAGUGGCAGCGUUCCUGGCAGAUGCACCUAGACUGCUGACACCUUGCCUCGAUGUACCGUUAGAUGCGCUACUAUUAGAAGCUGAUCCUCCUUGGCGACUACCACGAGAUCAGGCUGAGGCUCGAUGGAUUUCCUGGGCAGCACCGGCUUCGGCAGCCACAGACACUACAUACCUCAGUACAGAAGCAACUGUGCCUCUUGACACAGACAGCUUUUUGCCUUGAAAAAAUUGAAGUCAAAUUUUAUGGUUGGAUCACUAGCCUUACGGUGCUAACCGGGAAUGACACGGAUAAAUAGUAAGCCUGAAAGUAAGGACUUGACAUAAGCUCCAUGGAUCGUUAUAGCAAAGAGAUGUUGCGAUAAGAAAUAUUAUACAGAUAAUAUUUAGUAGCAGCAGAGCUCCUUGUGAAAGAGUUCGUCCAGGGAA